AAAUGUCUGUUAGGGGUAUCUAAUUCGCACGAACGACCUCCAGUACUAGCCAUACAAUGGACAAGAACGGAGUUGUGUCUAUUUCAAACCGUAAUUCAAUUCAACGAAAAUUUUUCCAAUGGGUAGGGCAGUGGUUUUAUGCUGGACAAUCGGAAGAUAUUAUUAUUAAACCAGAUGCCCCCGAACUGGCGUGCUUCCUUCAGGCGAUUGGCUUUCGGUUGCGAGAAUUUGAAAAGCAUGAGGAUAAUAAUAGCCAUAAUGGAACUAAAAACGAUACCCUGAAAAUUAUUAUAGAAUGCGGCUCUUCAAAAAUGAGAGCGGUGAUGGAGCUUGAAGAUGUUAGUUGUCAGUGCCCAAAUCAGGAUGACGCUAAGGACGCUUCAUUCUGGAGCGUGAGUGGCACUGCCCCUUUGGGAAGCACGGAGAACAUGAGCAAAGUUUUAGAAACUGGUAGCAACCUUUUACCAACAAUUUCUAGAGGUGUCACAAACGUCAUUCGAGAUGUUACACACCAUCUUUUUAAGCUGAUAAAAAACAUUCCAGACAUCAAUCAGAAUGCAGAUUCAAAUUUAAAUGUAUCGGCUAGAGAAUGCUCUUUAAAACCUCCGUCUAAUGCAAUGGGCAUUCCAUUUGUGCGACGACAUACUGAAUCCGAUUUUAAUACAGCAAAAUGUCGAUCUUUGGAUACACUUACUAAACGCGAUGAAGUGGCGAAUGACAAGGUUUUGGAAACCCCUUUGAUUUCUCCCAGAAACCGCUCUUGCAGUGUUUCACUGCAUGAUCCACAAAAAACUUCAGAUAAUAAGCUGAUUCUGAAGGAAGAGUUAGGCAACAUUAACUUGGCUAUUUUGUCUCAUGUGGUUUCUCAGUUGCAUCCCGCUCCUCUUCAACGUCAGAAGACUUUUGAUAUGGAUAUUGAAUGCUCAAGCAUAGAGGGUGAGCCUCGUCCAUCUCCACCAAAACUUUCAAGCUCUCCAGUCCCGGUUCCUCAGCUUUGUAUGUCACUGGGUCAAAUAUCACUGCAGAGUGAGGAGAAAGAUCUGCCUUUUAUAGACUUUUUAUUUAAAGCCAAAGCUAAUCUGGAACAUGCUUUGGUUAUGCUGGCUAAUAGUCCGCAUGGCUCAAAUACAAACUUGGAUGACGUAUUCCUGAAACCGGCUCCACCGAAGACCUCCCUCAGAAUUAGCCCUACAAAUAAUUCACGACCUGGAUCUAGCUGCUCUCUGCCAGCUCAGCCUGCAUCUAGGAAUGCAAAUCUACACAGAUCAUCGGUACGAAGAAACGUUGCAACAUCUUUCCGAAAAAGUCUUGACGGAACGAAAUCCCCAGCUGACAAAUCUACUCCAACUAGUCGAAAUAUCCUGCAAAGAAGGAGCUUAGGGGGACGACUUCCCUCGCCCAAACCAGUCCAGGUAAAAGUCGAUACUCCAAGACCUGGAACCAGUGGGAUGAAGUCUAAUCCCUUAGAAUCGAGAAUGAUUAUAACAGCAAAGCGAAGAGUUUCACCCGAUCCAAAAGCUAGCUCUUCUGAAUUUUCAAAGCACAAUGCUUCCCUGAAUAUAUCAGGACUGAAAAAAUUGGCAGUUACCAAUAAACUAGAAUCGAACAAUGCUUUGUCAAAAACUUUGCCUGGAAGUACUGCAAACAAGUUUGGAUUCAUCAAGAAGAAAGUGUAAUGCUUCGGGUAGAAAAUAUUGAAGCAUAUGUAUGUAUUUUAAAUUAUCCAAUAUCAAACUGUGGUAGAGAUUUGCUUUGCUAUCUGUAUGUCUUUUCCAAAAAUUUUAUAAGUGUUUGGGGAAUCUUUUAAUAGUUUAGACACGCUAACUUUACGUUUACACAUGAUUGUACAUAUUUUUGAAAUACUGUUAUUAUUCGUACUCUUCAAUUUUCAUAUAUCCGAUACGUAUUCUACAUGCAUGAAGUCUGAAUCUAGGUUAUAUAAAUUGUUUCUUUGCUGGUCAACGCAUUUUUUUGAAAAUCACUUGCAUGCGAUAAUAUCCGUAUAAAGUAUAAAUAAUCUUGUGACUAAAAUCUCACAUUUUUCUCAAAUCUUUCAGCAAUCAAGCCAAUUCCUCACUAAUUUAGUAUCGAAAUUGAAAGGAAUGUUUUAUCACAAAUAAGUAAUUGAUAGUUUUGCGUAGGUUUUCAUCAUUCAUCAGUUAGGUAGAAAUUAAAAAUUGGUUUAUAAACAGUCAAGUAAGAUUUUGAAUAAAUAGGACGGUCAAACUCACCUAACCUCACUCGAGCCCAAAUAUGGUUUUUCUCAAUAACUGUAUAGACGAAAACACAAUGAGACAAUAAAUUAUGAGUGACUUUAUUAUUACACGUAC